CGUUAGCAACAUCACCAUAAUGGGAAGAAGGUUUAGUAGCCUUGUUUGAGUCAUUUUUGCAGCUACAGAUGACUGAGUAGACACUCACCGGUUCUGAUGAGAAAGAAGACAGAUUAUCUAAUUAUGAUUUUUGGAUUUGCUUUUGAUCGUUUACUGUUGAAUAGGUGAGCAUUGAAUGUCAUUGCGACAGCUAAUUUGAAUUCAGAAUCAGAAUUUGACAGAAUGGAAGUGUGUACAAGAAGGCAUUCAACAUCCUUUCUUUUUGGGUUUGUUUUUUCUCUUUUCUUUCUGGUAGGGUCCAUGAGCAAAGCCCAUAACAAACAAGAAAUAAAUUUUCAGAGUGACUUCGAUUUGUUGGCGUUAUGAUUGUUGCCAAGGUAAGAGAAUUGGGUACUUUAUGUUGGGUGAUGGUGAACUGAUUAACAGCUUGCAUAAAUGGUUGAUCAUAGUUGAGCUUAUAUAUAUGAUUAAUGGUAUGUGGGUUAGUAUCUUAUGAUUGGGGCCGAGAUAAGAGAAUUGGAUACUUAAUGCGGGUGAAAGUAAACCGAUUAAUAACUUGCAUGGGUGUUUGAUCACAGUUAAGUAAAGCUUAUAGAUGUGAUUGAUGAUUUGUGGGUUAUUGCUUUAGAACCAGUUUGAGUAAUGUUGAUUUGGAAGUUAUAAAUUUCAUAGAAGUUUUGACUUUGUAUUAGAUUAGAAUGAAGCUUACUAUGAAGAUAUAGGUUAAAAAAGUGAGUGAUUAGAAUCUUUGCAAAUAUGAAGACUAGUGUGAACAAUUAUGGGAAGAUUGAAAAACAAGGGCAGGAUGAGGUCAAGCCAAAGAGAUUUGGGAAAAGACAUUACAUGUUUUUGGGCUUGUUGGUCUUCUUCCUUGGAGUUGCCAUUGCUUGUUUGGCAGUUGGAUUGGGAAAAGUGUUCUCCAAGCAUCAUGGAGCAUCCAGUGUGCAAUCUGGAGCAAAGGCCAUAGAGUCUAUCUGCAGUAAUACCCUUUAUCCAGAUAUAUGUGUUCAUUCACUUUCUUCUUUUCCCGGGGCUAUCAAUGCAAGCAGCUUGAAACUAGUGGCCAUAUCAAUCAGAAUAGGCAUGGAAGGAAUCAAUAGUGCGAUGCAGAGUGUGGAGAACUUCAUUCAGGAUCAAGGGGAUCACACUGUGUCCUUGACUCUUAAUGAUUGUGUAGAGCUCCUUGAGUAUUCAUUAGAUGGGCUGGAUUCAUCUCUAACCAAGUUGUUGCAAUCAAAUUCAGAUGAUAUUUCUGAUUUGCAGACAUGGUUAAGCUCAUCUCUCACAUACCAGACUACAUGUCUUGAUGGAUUAGGUGAUAUUGAAAGGUUAGGUUACAUAAUGGAACAGGGCAAGAAUGUGUCUAUGUUGUUGAGUAAUUCUUUGGCACUGAUCAAGACUUUUCCAAUGUUGGAAGGGGAUUCUGAAAGUCCGUCCCAUUCAAGACGGUUACUGUCUGGUGUAAGCGAUUCUGCCCUGCUUCCGACAUGGGUUUGGGAAACAGAGAAAAGGUUUUUGCUUGAGGAGAAAUUUCUAGUCCCAGAUGUUGUUGUUGCCUUAGAUGAGAGUGGGAAUUUCUCAAGAAUUCAGGAUGCAGUAGAUGCUGCUCCCCAGAGUGCCAACCAGAGCUAUGUGAUUCAUAUUAAAGCUGGGGUUUAUGAGGAGAAUGUCAUCAUCUCGAAGAAAAUGACCAACAUUGUCUUCAUUGGUGAUGGUACGAAGAACACAAUCAUCUCUGGGAGCAAGAAUGUGCAAAUGGGAUUAUCUGUUUACAGAUCAGCCACUGUAGCUGUUGAUGGCAAUGGAUUCAUUGCUCGAGAUUUGACUAUAGAAAACACAUCAGGCCCAAAGAAAAUGCAAGCUGUAGCUCUUCGAGUUAGUGCAGACCAAACAGCCUUCUACAAGUGCACGAUCAAGGGAUAUCAGGGAACUCUUUAUUCCCACACUUAUCGUCAAUUUUAUAAGGAAUGUACAAUAUUUGGUACUGUGGAGUUCAUAUUUGGCAAUUCUGCUGCAAUUUUUCAGAAUUGCAGUCUUCUAGCCUUGAAGCCCCUUCGGGGUCAAAACAAUACCUGCACAGCACAGACCAAAUCUGAUCCCAAUCAGAACACAGGAUUUUCAUUUCAGAAAUGCAAGGUUGAUGGAACCCCUGAGCUCCUUUCAACAGGGGACGUUUCUACUUACUUGGGGACACCAUUAAAGCAAUACUCUUCCACAGUUUUCAUCCAUUCACAUCUGUCCAAAGUUGUACAUCCAGCUGGAUGGCUUACACCUAGUGAAGACCUGCCCCUGGAUAAAGUAUUCAUGGGAGAGUUUCAGAGUGAAGGUCCUGGAAGCAAAGUUUUAGAAAGAGUGAAUUGGUCUAAACAACUUUCAGAAAAACAAUCAAGUUCAUUCAAUGCUGAUGAAUUUAUAUCUGCUUCUAAAUGGCUUCCACUAACCCAUAUCAAGUUUGAUGAAAUGCCAUGAUUAAAAAGAUUCAAGUUUCAUCAUCUUUGCUCUUUAAAGGAUUUGCCUUCAUGUAAUAUCAUAGAGAAAUAGGAUGCAGAAGUAAUAAUAUAUCAUGCUGAUGCCUUUGGCAAUAUUUUGUUGAUAAUACAUAUGUCAAAAAUUAAUACUAGUCUGAGUUGGAAUAAUCCUUAGACCUGCACAACUACAAUAGCAGUUUCAAGAUGAAGAGAACGGACAUGAUUUUCAAGGAUAGAUAAAUCUCAAAGAGUUCUUAUUAUUUUUGUUGUUAGUUUGAUGAAUAAGGGAUAUGAUCUUGUGAAAAUUAUAUGCAGGGAGAAUUACUUACAAAGUGAUUUUUCUAUGGUACUUAUAUUUAUGCAUCCAGUGAGGAAUUCAAUUUGGCUGUUCUUCA